UGCAGAUCGUGUUCAACUGUCACAUCCUUUCGAUCACGUGCGAAGAUGAGAGAAUCUACCAGCUCAGCUGUUGCAAGUGAAGGCGAGCAUCGCAAAAAGAAUGAAGGGUUCAUUCGCUCAACCAGGGACUGAUUUCCACUGAACACGUAUCGGCGGUAAGCUUCGCAAUUCGUCACGAUUUUGGUGGUUCGCAACUACACCGCAAUCACGGACACCCAACAUUGCUUUCAUUGCAGUGACGACAUGACCGCGAGACAAUGACUCCGCUUGUAUGCCAUUCCACCCCUCUUACUCACGAAUUUGAAGGGCUUUUGAUGGAAGUGCGAGAUCAGAUAGUUCAUUCUCGGAUCUGACCAUCAAAUGCGGACGAGAUACACACAAAGUCCAUAAGCUUGUGUUGUGUUUGUCUUCGGAGUGGUUCAUGAAAGCGUGCAGCAAUGAAGUGUUCCAGGAGGCUAGCGAAGGAGUCAUCGCCUUGAAGAGCUCACUGCACAGGAGCGGCAUGGAAGACUUCAGCUGUGAUCAUCCAGAUGCCGUACGCUUGAUGAUCGAUUCCUUCUAUAAUGGCGAAUAUGCAGGGACAGUGCAAAGCAAUUCCUGGAUGAGCAGAGCAAGCCCGUCGUCAACUCGCACCAGGAAGCGCAAGGCUUCAACAGCUCUGGGAGGUUAUGGUCAACUCGUGACUCACGCGAGGAUGUAUGCCAUGGGUGCGAAGUAUCUCAUUGAGACUCUCAAGAUAAGAGCGAGGUUCAAAUUUAUGCAACGAAUGCGACAGGGCAACAUCGACCCGACCGACUUCGCUGCGGCCAUCACGGUUACCUACAAUACUAGUACCGAAACCGAUUCUGAGAUGGGCAAAUGCGUCUUUGAUUCAAUUCUCCAGGCAACAGAUGCGCUGUUAUCGGCCGAUGCUGUCAAGGAAGCAAUUGAGAUGGUGGAUGGAUUGGCUUACAAGCUUUUUCUCGGGCAGCGCGCUGAGCGACCAGACACUCCAUCGAGAUCGACGAUGUGUCGGGUGAGACCUUUUUGGCCAGACUUACUUAGUACGAACUUCGAAUAAUCACGCCAGGCUUUAAAAUGUUUUAAGGAUAUUUCAAGUCUUUCAGGAAAUGGCAGAUGAAUCUU